GCCAGGGAAGAGCUCUUAGCUUCACCAGACACAUCGAGACCGCUGCAAGGAGGUCUGAGCCAGACCCCCCAGGAUGAAGCUCAUCACUGUGGCCCUGGUGUGCCUGCUGCUGGCUGGGAUGUGGCUGCGCGAGGCGGACAGCAGGAGCAUGCACGUAUCGUCCUCCAACUGUUGCUUCACUUUUGUGGAGAAGAAGAUUUCCUCGCAGAGAAUCCAGUGUUACAAAAACACCAGCUCCGCGUGCUCCCGCAGUAGUCUAAUAAUCAAGCUGAAGGGAGGCAGAGAGACCUGUGUCUUGCCGACAGCCCAAUGGGUUAAUCAAUCUUUAAAGUCCAAGAAACCAUGCCUGCUAAAGUAAACACGAGUGGAUUUCCUUCCAUCCCGGACUCUGAAGACUGCAUGGCUUCACCUGUCCCCCGUCUCAGCC